CUCCGCUCAUGUUGUGUCCAUAAACAAUUACUUUCAGCCACCUGCGUAACACCACAUCACAACUUGGCUUCAAAUUUCCGAAAACGAACGAACCCUCUUGCUAAGCGUUCCCUUCCCCGCCCUCUAAAGUAAUGAUGAUGCUCACCACAGUCGAAAUGGCUCAGAGGCUUGAAGAGGCAGAUGUGCUUCACUUGACUCGGCAAGUGGAAGCAUGCAGUCAACUCUUUCCAGGCCAAGACAUUUCCGCGCUGUCCGUUGGUGGGGGUGUAGCAGGAUUCACUUUACCUUCGUUUGGACGCAAACUGAAUCAUAUCGUUGGCUUUGGGGUGGGAGGGACAGUCUCUAGUGAAGAACUUGUGGCUAUCGAGAAGUCAUAUUCGAAUAAGGGCAUCGAUACCGAAAUUGACCUCUGCCCACAUGCCGAUGCAUCGACACUUCCAGUCUUGUCUACUCAUGGAUACACCGUCAAUGGAUUCAUCAACAACUAUGUUCGAAUUCUCACAGAUAACGAUCUAGUGGGAGCAGGUAGCUUGGAGGCUUCGAGGAUCAAGAUAUCUAGAGUCAAUUCUGAACGCCUUGGCGAGUUCCCCGACAUCUCGUUGGCGGGAUACAGUGACGGCGGGCGACCAGAAUUGCUUCUUAAGACGCUUGCUCGCAUAGCAGCAUCACGAGCAGACACACGUAUAUAUUUCGCAACUAUCGAUGGAAAAAUUGCGGGAUCCGCGGGUCUUGCUCUGAUCGAGACGUCAAAAGGAGGAGUUGCCCAUCUGUAUAUUGACAGUACCUUGCCCGAGUAUCGAGGACGAGGAGUUCAAGUUGCCCUACUACGUGCACGACUAUCUGAUGCAAGAAGAGCAGGUUUUGGUAUUGCCUCUAGCGGGGCUCGACCUGCCAAUGUUAGUUCUAGGAACAUUGAGCGAGCAGGUUUCUGUCUGGCAUAUACCAAGGUGACAUUUGCGAAGAAAUGCGAAUGA